AUGUCGUUAUUGAGAAACAACAUCAUGAAAGUCUUGAUUUGUCUUACCUUGGUGGCUCUGCUUUGUUGCACUGUAGAAGGUAAGAAAAGUAAAAAAGGACCAAAGAUACAAAAGCAAGAGGGAGAACCGUGCAGUCUUCCGUCUGGCAUUCCUUGGGGAGACUGUUUUCAAGCAGUAAACUGUCCUUCUUCACCUUCACUCAACUGUGCAGAUGGCCUGAGAUGCUGCAGACCUCCUAAAGAAGAUAGCAAGUACAUUUACAACUUCUUUAAGGGCAUUUUUACCACACCAGGGCCACCUAUAAACCCCGGCUAAAUCACUCUUCUGUAGCAAGUGUUUAUGAGCGUUAAAACAAAAAAAAGCGGUCAGUCCUCCUUGCCACGUAACACUUGUCGAUAAGAGGGUCUUUGCGUCUUGAUUGAGGAUUGUUGAUAGGGACCAAGACAGCAACGGCAACAAGAAUGUUUGGAAAUAAAAGAUUUUCAUGAUUGGAACAAUGCACAGUUUGCAUUACUCGGCCAUCCUUUCCGAAAAAAAAAAACGUAAAAUCACCAUUUUUUUUUUAAUCUGAAAACAGCACUUGCGAAUGCAAAUAGUGCACGUGUCUACUAUAAACUUAAUAUUGCAUUCACAUUUUACGAUUACUUAGGGGAGAUCUGGCGUCGUGAGAGAAGAUAAACACAGGGAAUUGCUGACAAAAUUCACUGGAAAAGCGAAAGUUUAUUUUAAGGGAACUUUCAGUGCUUGGCUUUGCCUUCGGAACAUCCUGAUCUCCCAUCUGAUCUUACUGAACUAAAAAACUUCUUGUUACUCUUUCUUUAAAUCUCAGUGAGGAAGACACCAAUGCAAGUGAGGGAGAUACAGCGUAUGACAAAUUCCUGAUGGACAUGAAAAAAUAUUAUCCCUAGAAGAGACAGACCGUUUCAUGCCGUCGUUUAUUAUGAACAUGACAAAUAUAAAGUUGUAUAAGGGUUUCAACUAAAAAAUUUUUUUGUAGUGUUCAUUCAUGUUCAAACUUCAUUAAAAUUGUAAACGUAACAAAGCCA